CAAAUCUCUAUCGUCGUUGACUUUGCGAUCCCGCGUCCUCCGUCGUAGAGCGAGAAGGACGAGAGAGAGAGAGAGAGAGAGAAGGAGCGACUAUCUGUCGGCAUGCAGGCUGAGAGCGUGUUUUCUUGAAAUGUUCUUGUAUACGAUAAUACAUUUUCACGUUCCUUCUCUUUUCCGCUGUAUCUCAAAUACGUGUCUAUCGCGUCUCGCGCGUUGAUUAUAAGAGCGGAUCUUCGAGAACUCGUGGUAGAAUACGGUAUUUCGAUAUAAACCGGCUUUAUCGUCGCUUCUUUCCGGAGCACUUUUCUCGCGGUCUAAUCUCUGAUUUACGACGAUGAGACGAUAACAAAAAUUCAAGAUGAUGCUUGUUCGAGAAUAUUCGCGAUGUACUGCGUUUCAAAGGUUGUUUAUAAACACCGCGACCGAGAAGGAACGCUUGCGAGUCGCACCUUUCUAUUCCGUAGUCGGCUAGUCAGUUUGUGUUGGUGCAACGACGACGACGAAGCUCGAGUUGGUUUUAACGGAUACCGCGAAGCAUCGUUUCGGAGCCACAAGUCAUCUUCGGGGCAGAUCUCUACAGGCGAUCAUCGUCGGCGAUCGGCUCACAAUUCACUGUUUCUUCUUAACGUCACCGGAUGACAGAACUGACAGAACAGUUGCUCGCGCUGGACUAGUCACAAGGAUUUUGACGGAGGACGACCUGUAGCCGUCAGUUUUAAAGGUAGGACCCCCAC